AUGUGGCAUACCAAAGCUUCUCUUCUACAGUACACGUACUCAUUUCUGCACAAAGCAGAGUCAGUAAAUCAAAUUGGUACCUUGAAGUACUUCAGGGAGAAGUACAAUAGAAGGAAUGCUACCCCUUCCAAAGUUCUUGACUCCUAUGAAGGAAGUGAAGAGCUGUUCCUCAGUGUAGGUAAAGCUUACAUAAUAACAGCUGUGCUGAACUUUUUUGGGAUGUCAGACCUUGAGGAUACACCAUCAUUACAUAAAUUUCCACAAAACAUUGCACGCGAGACCACAGAAAACAAGAAGAAAUACUUUGAUGAUGCCUUUGGAAAGUUUAUUGACAAGUUCCUGUUACAGAAAGUAAAUGCCAAUGAUUUUUACAAUGAUGAUUAUGUAAUGAAUUAUGCCCUUUGCUGUAUUUUCCUGGCUGUUCUUGUCAUGCAGAUGAAGGACACUGCAGCAGAGGGAGAUGGCAACAGAAAUCUCAUCAAUCAAAAACUCUUGCUCUCAGUUUUCAAGUCUAUGGGGGCAUACAGCAAAUAUGCAAUUGAAAUGUUUGUGAGUAUAGCCCAGAUUGAGUGUUUAUUAACUCCACGCCUAUCUGAACAGUUCAAAUGGGGAUUUUUUGUAAACUGGAGGGGUGGCUUUGGAAGAAAUAUCAAGACGAUUUGGCCCAAGAAAUUUCAAACCGAUGCAGUAAAAGUAUUGUCCAGAGGCAGGGACCAAACAAAACUCUGA